CCUCCACCGUUUCCUGUCGCUAACGUCACAUUUCUUAGUAUGCUUGCUGUUUUUAGGUGAAUGGAUUUUGUCCCAGACGGUUCUUCUCCCAAUCACCAAUUUCCAUCCUCUUUGUCCCUUACUUUCCCUCCCGACCUUCGUGUUUUCAUAAGCAGAGAUUUAAUCUGGGAUUAGGCAUCCAUGAAGAGUUACAUAAAAUCUGUGUGCUAAAUCCUCAAAUAAUAUGACGGGAUUAGAGCCCCGAGUGUGUGUGGUUUGAUGGGAAAGGGAGGAGAAACCAGUAAAAGUGGGUGGAGAUAUGACAGCGUCGAGCCAAUCCAAGCGGGAUAAUCUUGCGAUGGAAAGUCGGUUGGAAAAGGCGUCCAUGUGUGUCGAUUGACAAUCACAGCAGGGACUCCAGCUGUCCUGAUGGAGGGCUUGUCCAAACAAGUGUUGGCAGGAUGUGCGUCCCUUCAGCUCAGACAGCACACCAGUCCACUCUUCCAGAUGUCUGAUGAGGGUAUUAAAGGCUAAAUCCAAGUUGGCUUACGAUGUGCACCUCCUUUGGCUCUUGUGUUUUGGAAAUCUUUUUAGACCAGGCAGAACCAUCUUCUUGACUUUCGAGAGUGGAUUUAUUUGUCACCAAAGGAGGAUUCUUUUUCCAGAGUUGAUUCUCACCUGGAUAUGAUGCGUCCACCAGAAACAAUUUGUCAUUUUUUGUCCUGAGAAAAUCGUCUGUCUUUGGAGCCGAUGCAAGUUCACUCCAGGAUCUCCCUCGCAGCGAUGAUGUUCUGCACCACCUUCCUGUCCGCUCCCUCGGAAGAGCUCGGCGGCGAAAGCGGCGGUGGAGCGGGAGCCGGCGGCAGGGGCUUGGGCCCGGCUAGCUGCUUGUCCACCUUGCACUGCUUGGUUCUCCCCCAGGAUGAACUUUACCCGGGUCUCUCGGAGCCCUCCUUCACACAAGUGCGAGCUCACAGCUUUAUCGGCGACAUGCUGCUAGACGUCAGGGGGGGCGCAUGCCACGAUCGAGAUAGUGGGGGUAUUUGGGACAGGGUGAGGAGGAGACGCAGUCGCUCCGCUUCGCCUUUACCCAGCAAAACACCAAAAAGUCCUUGUAGUGACAGUUUGAAAGGCCCCACGCUGCCAAUGGCCACUGUGGACAUCGAAAACCCAGAGAUCAGCACGGGGCACCGUUUCCAUAGCAACUCUCAGGUGAACAACAUCAUCCACUCCACCUUCAAGAGGGAGAAGAAGGGCAAAGGCAAAAAGAAGAGGCUCACCAAGGCUGACAUCGGCACACAGAGCAACUUCCAGCACAUUGGGCACGUAGGAUGGGAUCCAAACACAGGCUUUGACCUGAAUAACUUGGACCCCGAGCUGAAGCACCUCUUCGACAUGUGCGGCAUCUCCGAGGCUCAGCUCAAGGACAAAGAGACCUCCAAGGUCAUCUAUGACUUCAUUGAGAAGAAGGGUGGAGUGGAAGCUGUCAAAAAUGAGCUGCGCAGACAAGGGCCUCCCUGCAUUGAGAAGAGACGCGAGCCUCCAAAUGGCCCCACGCUGCCAAUGGCCACUGUGGACAUCGAAAACCCAGAGAUCAGCACGGGGCACCGUUUCCAUAGCAACUCUCAGGUGAACAACAUCAUCCACUCCACCUUCAAGAGGGAGAAGAAGGGCAAAGGCAAAAAGAAGAGGCUCACCAAGGCUGACAUCGGCACACAGAGCAACUUCCAGCACAUUGGACACGUAGGAUGGGAUCCAAACACAGGCUUUGACCUGAAUAACUUGGACCCCGAGCUGAAGAACCUCUUCGACAUGUGCGGCAUCUCCGAGGCUCAGCUCAAGGACAAAGAGACCUCCAAGGUCAUCUAUGACUUCAUUGAGAAGAAGGGUGGAGUGGAAGCUGUCAAAAAUGAGCUGCGCAGACAAAGUGGGCCACACGAGAGUGCGCUAUGUGUCGCUUCUGAAAAGGAUAACUGACGUCAACGUAACCGGUGCUGUGGUUUUAUGCUCAGGGCCUCCCUGCAUUGGUACGUUUCCAUGCAUGGUCUGGUGUGACACACCAUGCAUGUCAAAUGAUAAUCAGCACCGCAUUUGUCAUAAAAAGCUAUGGCAAAAAUUGAAGAGUUGAAACGAAAAAGCAGGGGUCUUCAUUUUUUUUUUUUUUUUUUUUUUGUGAAGUGAAUUUUUUUUUUUUAGUUCUGGUUCCAGGUUAAAGCUAUCCAUCCAUUUUACGAACCGCUUAACCUCACUAGGAGGCUAAUUUGGGGAAACAAAUCUCACUCUGAUUGAAGUCUUUCAAAGAGUUCUUUAUUUUUUUAAUGGUAAAACCAGACAACUCCCAAAAAAUAACAGACAAGUCAAAAAUGUUCACGUAACUUUAAAAUUACACUAAAAUUAGGCUUUGAGAAUAAAAAAUAGCUUGCGCUCACUUUCCUGCAAAAUGUAAGCUAUAAUAGCGGUGAGUUAACGAGAAAUAGCUGCCGCUGCCAUGUUUGUGAUGAUGUAAAAACGUAUGGGCUUGUGAUUGGCUUAAAAUGAGAUGAUGGCAGCUGCAGCAAAAUGUUCAUGGCGCUUGGCGUUUCUGUUAGGAAAUGUAGCAUCGAAAGAUGCAUUGAUAGGCUGUAUGCUUUUAGGCAUGGCUCUAUUUUCGUCUUAAUGGUACUUCAUGGCUUUUCCGGUUGAACUCUUCAAUUAAACUUGGGUGAAGAAAAAGGUCUAAUCUUUUAUCCACUGAAUGUCACACUAGUUUUCACACUGAGAAACAACACUGUGGUUGAAAACACAAACUAGGAACCCAACCCAGACCUUUUGUUUGUUUAGUUUUUUACUCCAGGUGUCUAUGUGGUUGAUUUGGUGUGCACUGUGGUUUCUGUUUCCCAUCAGCCUUAAGAAAAACACACCUAUAACAUGUUAGCUCACCAUAAUAUGAACGGUAAUGUGUGAAUGCUGCCCUUCAGUGGCGUACCAUUGUAACUGCAUAGUGCCUUCACAGACCGGAGCAUAAAAUGUCUGCAGUGAGUGUGAUGUUUUAUCCAUCCAUCCAUGUGCAAAACCGCUUAUCCUCAUUUGGGUUGCGGAUUAGUUGGAUUCUACCCCAGCUGACUUCUGGCGAGAGGCGGGGACUGGUCGCCCUGGACUGGUCGCCGGCCAAUCACAGGCAGAUAGACAAACAAGCACAUUCACACCUAUGAACACUUCAGAGUUGUCAAUGAAUCUCACUUUGCUCAUCGCUACCUGGGGGGCUGCACUCAAACAGACCAAAAUCCAGAUGUCAGUGGGUAAGGCAGGGCAAGGAAUCUGAUGUGUUUUUGGGGGGGCUAGUGGGAGAAAGCUGGAGUACCUGGAGAAAACCCACAUACUUAAAAAAAAUUGAUUAAAUCGAAGUUUUUUUCUUUCUCCAGCUCCUCCGCCCCCGCCAUCCAGAGGUGGCCCUCCUCCGCCUCCCCCUCACCAUGGCUCAGCCCCGCCGCCAAACUAUGCAUGUUAGAGUGGUUUACAACAAUAUUAAAUAUACUUUGGGGGGACUAAAAUCUCUGUCUUGUUGGCUAAUGAAUUUUAAUGUUGCUCAUUAUGGUUCUACUUGGAGAGCUAAGUAUUUUUGUUGUUGGUGGUGGUGGUGGUACAUAAGAACCACUGAGCUCGUGAAAUGAUGCGCUUUUGUGGUACACUUCAGCAAAUGUAUUUUUGCUUAAUUUAAUUUCACUUGUUUUAUAUCACCAAAAAGGUCUCAUUAAGAGCACAAUACUUUUGGUGUAGCAAUGUAAUCGUUAUGUCUAUUUUAUUUGUCAGGAUUCCAAUAAAAUGUACCAAUGCAGCAAGCAAAUAAAUGGAUACAAUUUUA